AUGAAUUCAGCCGGCUCCGGACCGGUCACGCCCCAACUGAGGGAAAUGAUUGUUAGAUGUUCUUCGGACAAGAAGAGAACAAUUGCUCAGGAAAUUACCGAAAUGAUGACAUAUUAUGCCUUCGACGAUGCCAUUUUCUUAGCAGAACUCUACUAUGAAACCCAAACUGAUCCAGAUAAUCUCGAAGAAGCACUUUUCUUGUAUGCCGACUGUCUGUAUAGAGCCAACAAAAAAGAAGAAUGUUACGGUCUUCUACGGUCAGCAGAUUUGAGUGGAGCGAAGCUUCAUUAUCUUUUUGCAAGGGUUGCAUUUGAUUUGAGCAAAAACGAUGAAUGUAGAGGAGCUUUAUUUGAACAUGACAACGGAAUCAUACGGGAGGCGAUUCUUGAAGAUUCACGGGUAGCGGCUCAUGCGAAUUUCCUUCAUGCUCAAUUGCUCUGCGAUGAAAAUCACAUGGACCUCGCCGUCGAGUCAUGUGAAAAAGCUUUAGACGAAAACAUUUUCUUGUGGACAGCUAUUAUAACAUAUUUACGGUUUGGAGGAGAAAAUCUUUCUGCUACAUUUGAUAAACAUAGCGAUAAAACAAACGGUUCUGAAGUUACAAGUCCGUCAGCUGUUAUGAAGUCUGCAACACCGUCUUCCACAUCUGCUGGCCCAUCUGUAUCAUCUAUUGCAACUCGAGGUCGUAUACCAAGUACAAAUCCAACUCCAGAAGCUGGGAACUCUAGUCGUGGACCUUCCACAAGAAGAACCACGCGCUCAUCUGUUCCUUCUGUAGAUCGUGAGCUUAGAUACCUCCCAGCCACAACGUCUUCUCGACAGACAACCACUCCAGUGACCACUAGUGGUCGUACCCGUCCAGUUGCACCACGAAAAAGUUCGCGAAUCAGUGAGAUGUCGAGUCGGCGCUCAGAUUCAAGCGCUACCACUGCCUCUACGGCUGCUGCAUGCAGAGCGGCUCUAUUCACACAACCAGAAAGACCGCACACUCGAGCAACGCAUAGUUCCAGAAACCGUUCAAAUGCGGCGUUGAACAGUGACACUGAGAACUCGAACGCAGUCAACACGAGAUCCAGGGACACAGGUGGCAGCCGGGGAUCCGCAUCGUCUCAGAGGGUGGCAUCCACAGGAAGCGAUCGGUUGUCAGACGACGGCCUGUCUCAGAUGAAUGCUCCAAUGUCUUCAGUGGCUUCCUCGUUGAAUAACGAUGACCUAGGAGAUGCAGUAGAAGUUUCAUACGACGAUAGAUACAAGUGGCUAUUCGAUUUAUACCGCCACAUUUCGUUCAUUGAGGAAUGUAUCAGCACUUAUAACUGGAAAACAGCUGAUGCUCUGUUCGCGAAACUUGAUAAAGAAAUUCUACUCAACACAUCAAUGAUCCGUUUACAGCUAGGAAGAGCUUGUUUCGAGCAAUCUGAGUACAGAGAGUGUCGUGUCAUCCUCAGUGACUUGCACGAGCGAAAAAAGUGGAAGGUUGAAGGAACAGAACUGUUGUCGACAUCAAUGUGGCACCUACAAGACACUCAUGCUCUUUCUGCACUCGCACAGACCCUGACGACAGAAUCUCGGGAAAGAGCACAAAGUUGGUGUGUUGCUGGGAAUUGUUUCUCAUUGCAAAGACAGCAUACACAAGCGAUUGAAUGUAUGGAGAGAGCUAUCCAACUUGAUAAACGAUUUGCAUAUGCCUACACACUUCUAGGGCAUGAAUUGAUCGUGCAAGAUGAUCUUGAUAAGGCAUCAGGAUCAUUCAGAUCUGCCCUACUGCUCUCCCCUCGCGACUACCGUGCUUGGUAUGGUCUUGGUCUAGUCCAUCUGAAGAAGGAACAAAAUACGAUUGCACUAACCAAUAUCCAAAAGGCAGUCAGUAUUAAUCCCACGAAUCGAGCAAUGCUCUCGCAACGAGGAAAAACAGACACUGCUCUUGUCCUGAUCGAUCGCGCAUUGACUCUCAAUCCACUGGACGUUGCAUGCCGAUUCAAUCGCGCUCGUCUUCUUUUCGAAUCAAAGCGAAAUGAUGAGUGUCUGAAGGAGCUGGAAAAAUUGAAAGCAAGCUCGCCCGACGAGGCCUUCAUCUAUCAUUUACUUGCACGCGUUCAUCGAAGAAUGGGAAACACACACUUGGCUCUAUUGAGCUACAGUUGGGCGGCUGAGCUUGAUCCUCGCGGAGAACAGAAUCCGACAGACACCAACCAUGUGACAAGGGAAGAGUACGAGGACGACGAAUACGGUUCCCCAGUUUAA